AUGUUUGAAUCGAUAGUAGCUGAUAUAUUGGUGAAAUAUAUCGGUGAGUAUAUAAAGAAUCUUAGUAGCGAGCAGUUGCGAGUCAACCUGUUCUCGGGUAAUGUUGUGUUACGAAACCUCGAGAUCAAGGGAGAGGCAUUACAAAGCUUCAAACUACCGCUUCACGUACAUCGCGGUAUCAUUGGCACACUCGAACUCAAGAUUCCUUGGACAAACCUAAAGGGUGCACCAGUUAUCCUCGAAAUCGACUCGAUUUGUCUGUUGGCUACGGUUCCCCAAAGCGGAUCCUACCACUAUGACGAAGAAGAGGAACAACGCAAACAACAGGCAAGCAAGCAAAAACGUUUGGAAAAGUUUGAAAUGAUACGUUCGUGGAAGGAGGGAAGCGGAGCGAAUCCACAAGACACUCUACAAAAGCAAGAUGGAGGAUUCAUUGCAAACGUGUUGACCAAGGUACUCAAUAACAUUCAAGUGCGUAUCAAUACAUUCCAUCUUCGUUAUGAAGAGGUGCGUGCUGGUCGUGUCUUUUCACUUGGUAUCUCGUUUGGUUCUCUCUCUGCCUACUCUACCGAUUCCAAUUGGACCAAAGCAUUCCACGAUUCUGCCAGUGCCAAUGAAACACUAUUCAAGUUUGUCGAAUUGUCUGAUUUCUCAAUCUACCAAAACAACGAUGAUGAAUCAGUCAAAGAUCUAUCAAAUGAUCAAUUUCUUUUAAAGUUGAAAGAUUUAACUGGAUCAGUUAAUAAUAGAGGACAACAUAAAUAUAUAUUAGAACCAAUAACUGUAACACUUAAAGUAGAAAUGAACAAGAAUUUAAAUAUGGAUAAAUUAGUUCCAAAGAUUAAAGUUUGUUGUCAAUUUGAAGAGGUUUCUUUUUUCAUUGAAGAAAAUCAAUAUCAAUCAAUUUUAAAAUUCAUUACAACUAUGAGUAAUUAUGCUCAAGAAAUUAAAUAUUUAAAAUUUAGACCAAAAGUUAGACCAAAACAAGAUCCAAGAGCAUGGUGGAGAUAUUUUGCAGAUGUUUAUAGAGAAUCGAUUAGAGAAAAGAUUCAACAGAGAAGUUGGUUAAACAUACAAAAGAGAAGAACCAAUCGAAAGGAAUACGUAUUGUUAUUUAAAAAGUUACAAGGUGUCGAGUGGAUUGAACCUAUAACCGAACGUGAAACAAAACGACUCCAAGAAAUGGAAGAACAUCUCGGAUUUGAAGAUAUCAUUUACUUUAGAUCGGUCGCUAGAAGAGAGUUGGCAUCGGAACAGGCCAUUGCAGACUCGAAAAAGGGUGAGUUCUAUCCUACCGUCAAUAGAACAAAGGGAUUCUUUGGAUUUUGGAAAUCAUCUCCAACCAAUCAAGAACCAAGAAUGUCUAUUCAACUGUCAAAAGAACAACAAGAAGAAAUUUUAAAAUCAAUGGAAUAUGAUGAAAUUGCUUUAAGUGCAACUAUUGAAAUGCCUCCUGAAUAUAUUCAAAAUAUAUUUGAAAUUAAAGUUGAUGCAAUUGUAUUUUCAGUACUUGGAGGUAAAGAAUCGAUUCCAUUGAUAAAAUCCUAUCUCAAUAAUAUUUCAUUUAAAAUGUCACAACGUCAACAAGGUUUUAGAAUGGAUUUGGAUUUGGAAUCAUUCAAUGUAGUUGAUCAUUUUGAUAAAUCAAAUCUAUUCCCAUAUGUAAUUACUUCAACUCCAAAAUAUAAAAGAUCAACAUCAUCAAUAAUAUCAACAUCAUCAUCAACAUCAUCAACAGAUCAAAAUUGUAAAGAAAUCAUCAUACCAACAACAACAACAACAACAAAAAAAUCACAUCAUCUUUUUAAUAUCAUAUUCGAAACUAAACCGAUCAACAGUGAAUAUGAUUAUGCUCUUUCUCUCAUGUUAAAUUCAUUAGAGAUUAUUAUCAACAAACCACAGAUUGAACGAUUGAUAGAGUUUGCAACACCCGACGAAAGUGUAAAUUUGUUUAGUUUAUCGUCGGUUGCUUUGGAAGAGUUUAUCAUGCUCAAGGAGAUGACCAUCUUCCAGCUCAGAGAAGCUAUCAACCACCACAAGACCAUCGAGCUCUUUGUCGAUGCCAAGGCCCCCACCAUCAUCAUACCUGAGUCGUCGGGCCAGCUCGACACCACCCUCAUCAUCCUCGAUCUUGGCAACUGUAUCAUGAGAAGUGAUCUGUCCAAGAAACCAAUCAAAAAACGUAGCAACAUGGACCAACCCUUCCAACUGACCGACCAAAUAUUCACAACCUUUGACGAACAAAAGCAAGAAGCUGAAACUGAUCAACAAGAAGCAGACGAUCAACAAGAUAAGGAUAAUAGUACUAGUAGUAGUAGUGGUAAUAAUAGUAGUAGUCACAACAGAAGUAAUAGUAGUGGUGGUGGUGGUAACAAAUCACUCAAAGUAUCAGAUCUCUAUGACCAUUAUCGUGUUGAGAUGUCGUCAAUUAAAGUAUUGAUCGCACGAAACAAUCAGGAAUGGUGGAAUUGUGGAACAGAGUUGGAGGAUGAGUUUGGAAAGUAUGGCUUUUCAUUGGUGGAGGAGAUGGCGAUCAACUUGCACAUUCAGAGCUCUAUAGAGCCAAGCGAACUGUCUUUGGCACUGUUUAAGGUGUCUGGUACGCUACCGUCGGUCAAAUUAAACAUGAGUGACGCCUGUUACUUGCAAUUGUACCAUAUGUAUAAAACUCUCUCUAUGCAAACAUCGACUGUGCGUUCAGUGUCUGCCUACAACACCAUCAUGGACACGAUCUACUCGACUACCUCACCCACUGCCGCUGAUGGUGGCGUCGACCCUACCUCACCCACCAACAUUGGUACCGUCGCAACUGAUCUUGCAGCGGUCGACGUACACCUCUCUGACACUUACCGUCGUGUCUUGGCACGUCGAAAGUUAUUUGAAGGUGACUUUACACUGCAACACGUUGUCAUUGAUUUCCAUUCAUCUCGUCAAAUUGGUCAACCACAACCUGACUUUAUUCAUUCUGAAAAUGGAAAUAUUCAAACGGCACCAAAGUUGAGAAAACUUGUACAAUUAAGAAUCGAUUCACUUGUCCUUUCGCUUCGUAAAAAGACCUAUGAAUUUAGAGGAUCGUUUAGACUAUCUAAAUUAGAGGUGGUAGAUUGUCUAGAACGCAGCGAACGAUUUGCUUCACUCAUCACUUCACAAUCGCGUGCGUCUGCGUCCGACUCCAAGACACUUAUUUCCAUCGACCAUCAAAUGAUCGAAAAGGAUUCACCCGACUAUGCACAGGUCGACACCUUUAUCAACUUUAAGUUUGGUGAAUUAAAUAUGAAUUAUAACCCUCGUUCCAUUGGUCACAUCUUAUCUUAUUUGGAUUAUUGUAUGGAAGAGACUUAUCGUAUUCAAGAUGAAUUACAUCCUGCUUUGGACAACAACAAUAAUAUGGUAGAGUCAACAACUAGCUCUGAUCAAAAACCAAAACAACUUACCAAUUUAACAACAUCGACUUCAUCCACUGCUACUACUACUGCAACAAAUUACAGUGUAAUUAAAGCAAAUGCUAGUAUUUAUUCAUUGUCUAUAUCACUAAAUGAUGAAGGAAAUGAAAUUGGACGAUUUUCAAUCAAUCAAUUGGUUGUUACAGAGUGUUUGAUGAAUGGUCGUUCAACAUCGGUCGAAGGCUAUUUGGAUAAUAUCACCAUUGAAUCAAAUGAAGUAUUAAACACAACAACCGAUCUAGCGUCAUCCAUGUCAUCUUCAACAUCAUCCAUCUCUUUUGAACCAUUCAAGAUUUUGACACCCAAAAACAAAAAAGUGUCAAUGGCAACUUUCAAAUACAAAUCGAAUAGUAGUAGAUCAGGUAAAAAGGAUUCAGAUGUAGAUUCUGAAAUCGAUAUCAAUCUUCGUAGUAUUCGUGUUACUGUCUUGGUCGACUUUAUUCUUAAAACAAAGAGAAUCAUUUCUCUUCCUUUUAAAACUGUUAAAUAUGACAGUUUGUACAGAUAUCAAACAAAUAAUACAACUGAUAAUAAUAACAACAAUAAUAAUAAUAAUAACAAUAAUAAUAGUAUUACAACCAAUAAUAAUAAUACUAUUUCUACUGUCGAUUUGGAACAAAUAAUCAAACCAAAAAAGACAAUUUAUAGAGUUGUUUUAGAGAGUCCACAAAUUAUUUUAUCAUCAAGUGAUAGUCUUUCAACUACCGAUGACAAGGUGAUUAGUGAACUUGGGUCGAUAGAAGUUACAACUAUAUUUACUAGAUCCGAAGAGACACGAGUAGACAAUGGACAACCGAUUGCUGUCGAAUGGGAGGCCAUUCGAGCAAAACUAUCCGACAUGAAUAUCAAGACCAUCAAGAAUGGUGUCAGACAUCAGGUACUUCACAACCUAUCGUUGGAUGCAGAGGUUGAUAGUCUAUUGUACGAUGUUGAAAAGCAACGCGCCGUUCCACGUGACAUUGUGGCCACACAGAAAAAGAUUAAAGUCAAUGUCAAAGAGAUCAAGGUGGAAUUUGAAGAUUUGGAACACUCACUCAUUUAUUCAAUCACCAAAGAUGUAGUUGAGAAGAUAUCUGCUGGUAAGGCUAGUAAUGCUAGUUCUUCAACCGCUGGUGGCAAGUCUGCCCUGUCUGCGUCAUCUGCUUCACCAUACACUCGAUCCAUUUCACAGUCUCAAGGUGCCAUCUUACCGGCUCCAUCAAUCAAGGGGUCACCCGACGACAUCCUAUCACUCGUUCAAGUAUCGAUUGACAGUUUCCAACUAUUACUUCAUUCAGGAGGUAACAAUCAACAGAGGGAUUUUGCAACGAUUGCAUGUCAAGGAGUAUCGGUCACAUCGGCCACCAAUCGAUUGUCAAAAUCAAUCAUUAGUGGUGCUGUCCAAGACCUUGUCGUCAAAGAUAUUAGAGCUCAUACUCUACCAUUUGACAAAACCAUAUCUACAGUGUUUUCAUCAAGACCGCUGGAAGAGACAGCAGAAGUACUCGAGCCAAUGAUCAAAUUCUCAUUCAAAGACAGUGACAAAUUGGGAUGGAGUGAUGAAGUCGAGUUGGUCAUUGCACCAAGCAAUAUAGUUGGUUCAGUUGGAUUUAUUCUUGGAUUAAAAGAUUUCUUUUUACUACCGUUUAAUGAGAGGAUUACAUUGGAUAUGCAACACAAUGCACAGUCAAUUGUCAUUCCAACUCUUGGUAGUCUUGAAAAUGGGUUAGUGCCAUCUCGAUUGUUGAUGAAUAUUAAACUCGUCAAACCAUCCAUCAAAAUCCCACUCUCUCCCUAUACCACCCACGCCAUCAUCGUCGAUAUGGACGAUAUCGUUGUUUCAAAUCAAUACAUCAAUUGGAAGAUCAACAAUCAAGACAUUGAAAUUGAAAGUAUUCUCAUUCAAUUGUCCAACAUUGAUAUGUUUGAAGUGUACAACGAAGAGAAACGUUUGAUUUCAAGAUCGUCGUGUGCUCCAAACAAAAAGACAUGUCUUGAAAUUGACUAUCAAUCAUUGGAUUCACAACAAACCAAUACAAUCGAUGUAUUAAAGAGCAAAACAGUUCAACCUUCAUUGGCCAAGAUCAAAAUGUUCAAUGGAUUGGUACUCGAUGUCGACGAGCGACAGUAUCUGCACUUUUGUGACAUGGUGUCACAGCUGUUUAGAUUUUUGGACGAUGCACCAGCCCUCAAACUCGUCAAGCAGAACCCACCCAUGUUGGAUGUGCUCUUGGCCAGAAACGAGGUGGAUGGUCUUGCCGAUAUCUUUGGUAUGGGUGUCGAGCUAGACAUCCCACACUUGGAAAUCAUUCAAAAGGGAAUGGAGGGUGGUCCGUUUGUCAAUGCCCUUCUCCGAGACAUGAACAUUCAGGUGUCGCUUGCAACCAAGGCCAAAGUACAGAAAAUGUCGGUCAAAGGAACGAUUGGAUCGUUGACAGUGCGUGACGAAAGAAUUAAUUUUAGACACGCCCAUUUUAAAGACACCAAUGUCUUGUCUCUCUCUCCAUCAUCACCCAAUCCAAUGAUCGAGUUUGACUUUGUGUCCUAUGAUCAGACCAACAAGUCAACUUUUGAAUCGAGUGAUUUGCACUUUAGAAUGAACCAUUUGGUUGCUGUUGGCAAUGCAUCGUACAUGCUUCGUGUCUGGGACUCACUCGUCAUCAACUUGACAUCGGUAUUUGGACAAUACAAAGUCGACAAGUACAAUGAUUCGAUCGACGCCGAAGAGUUGGAAUACCAAAAACAACAACUUCAAUUGGCCAAUCUGGAAUCAAAGAUGAAAAUGAAUGUCGAGAUGUUUGAACCGUUGAUUAUGCUUGGCGACCAAUACCAAACGACCAGUGACAACAACAACCGAUCGAUGUUUGUGCGACCCACCAAAAUACAUUUGGUCAACAAGAUGAGAGUCAGAGAAGAAGAUAUCAUGAUGGUGUCGUUGCACAAUACUUUGCUCUCCAUGUCCAACAACAGUGGUGGUGCUGCCGAACAAACCAUCGCCACCAACUUUGACAUUCACGUUUCGAUGGAGACCAUUCCCAAGAACGAGGAUAUGCAAACACUUGCCAUGCAAAAGAUUGGCAUCAAAACCAAUGGAUUGGCACUUGAAGUCAACCAGCAAGAGUUUAUGGACUUGUACAAGUGUAUGACACACGCACUUGAAUGUCUUCAAGAGUCGGAUCAUCCCUCUCAACUACAGUUCCACAAGCCCGACUCGAUUCCAACACCCUAUGACAUGGACACCUUGAUGCAAGUUGAAAAUGUUCAAAUCAAAAUGAAAGGCAAGGAUCAUCAUUAUCAAGGUGGACUAUUGGCAACACUCAAUCUCGAGUCAAUGGCAGUCAACCAUUGUGUCAAACAUGGUGAUAUGACCCACAUCACUGGUUCGAUUUGGAAGGUCGAGUUGAUCGAUGGAAAGCACGGCGAGUAUAUCAUCCAACCACUCCAAGCCACCGAAGGCAAUGGAUUACGUUCAAGUGCCAUAUCGAGCCACGGAAUGUCAUUCUCUUACAAGUCGUUUGAAGAGAGAACCGAGGAUGGAUGGGAUGCAGAUCUAGAGUACACACUCAAGAAUGUUCAAAUCAAACCUCCACGUCCACUCGUGUUACUUGGAGAAAUACAAAAGUUUUUGAUGGAUCCAGUCUCGCAAAUACCAAUGCCACAACGAUACUCUUCUGUCGAGGCCAAGCCUUCGACACGUACAAAGUUGGCAAUUGACUUUGUGACCAGUCGUGCCAUCCUUUCGAACCAACAACAACAAACUGACCCCGACGCCCGUGACUUGGUUCUCAGUGUCGAUAAGCUGGGACUAAGCAACGUGAUUGAAAAGAAGUUGUUUGAAGAGGUGCAGUCGUAUGACCAAGAGACGUGGUGGUAUGACAUUGAAGCAUUGAUGAUUCAAAUCCGUCAACAAAACAAUCUGCAACCACCAGUCAGACUACUCAGUGACUUGGAGCUCAAGGCAUCGAUGGUGUCGGUACGUGACUACCAAAAGUUCCUCCAAGACAUUGCCGACAUUAUCAACGACGAUGGUAACACUGCCGUCGCACCACCCCAGUCGGUGACUAUCAUCGAUAUGGACAACAUCCACCUCACACUCUCCAAAGACCACUACCUCUUCCUCUUGGAUCUCUAUGAAUCAUAUCAAAGUGAAACCAAGACUGAUGAAUAUGCAACAGAACAGCCUGGAUCAUCGUCAACGACCAAUCCAAGAAUUAUGAGUCAAUUAUCAAUCAAGAUUAAAGAAUUGGCAGUGUCACUUGCAGACCAAUACAACAAAAGUUUGGCAGAUAUUAGUUUUGAAAAGUUUGAAUCGUCAAUCAAUAUUCUCGAUCCCAUUGCAUUUGAUAUUAAAGGUGGUCUUAGUAACUUGGUUUUACGUGAUAGUCGUAGACACAUGGUACUGUCAAAGUUUUUAAAUGUCAUAGACUCCAAGGCAAACCAACCGAAUAAUCGUCAGACUAGAAAACAAACAAGUGCGACCAAUCUACUAAGAUCAUCGGGCAUGUCAUUGACACAAUCACAAACUCAACAAUCUACCAAAUCAUACAUUUCAUUUACCUAUUCACCUUUUGAUGCAGAGGAUGAAAGUUCAGUCGAAGAAGGUACAAAUAGUAACUGGACCAACAAAUUGUGGUUAGAAAUUAAUGAUAUGGUUAUGAUGCCAAAAUUCGAUUUAAUGUCAUCUAUUCAAGAUUAUUUCUCAAAGCAACCAUCAACAUCAACAACAACUUUCAUUCCCAAUGAUGACACCACUCAAACACCAUGGUUAAAAUACCAAAUUAUACUUAACAAUAGUACAAUUAAAUUACCACAACACUUGGAAAUGAAUGAUCACCUUUUAAUGGAUAUUAAAGAGAUUCAAAUGACCAAUAGUUUGAUCGUUCCAAAGUUUUAUAAUGCACGUGGCAGUAGUGGUGGAAAAAAUAAUCUUGAAAUCGAUCAAAUAUCACUCAAGAUUACCGAAAUGUCGAUGAAUACUAUUAUGAAGGAUCACGGUUACCAAUCUACUAGUCGGGUGUUGACCGAUCUCAAUUUUGACGUUGACUAUCGUGUCAAUAGAUGGUUGUCUGAUGCAGACAGACCAUCCGAUUUUCCACAGACACUGAUUGACACCAACUUUGGAGACAUGAACCUCAUCACCACCAUUGAAGAGUACUGCUUCAUCUACAAUGUCACCAACAAGAGUCUCAAGCGUUACUAUGAAUUCAAAUUUGGACCAUAUGAUCAAGACCCAAUCCCACCCAAACCACUCGUCGAAAAAGAUGUCAAACUAGAGAUGAAGGUAUUCUUUAAAGUGCAACUCUUAAAGAUGAUGUUGAUGCGCACAUCGAUGGUCGAAAAUUACAGUGAAGUCAAACUACAAAAAUUGGAAAUGGAGAUUGAUAUGGACGCAUCAAAGAUGGAAAUCAACGGUCUCAUCAAGGAUGCUACUGUGUAUGGCCCAAUGAACUCUAUCGAUCGCACCAAUUUCAACAAUGCACUCAUCAUUAGACAAGACCAGAGUCGUGAAAUUAUGAAUUUCAAGUACAUUAGUUAUUCGCCAUUGAUGGAGGUUGAAUGGGCAUCUGAAAUGCUCAUCGAUCUAUUUGGCGUCGAUGUAGUGUCGAUGAUGGGAACACUGCUCAAGACACGUGACUUUUUGAUGGAACCAUUGUCAGCACCUUUUGUUCAGCCCCCAAAUGCACCCGUCCGACCAGCUGGCACCAACCGUAUGCGACAGGUCAUCAACAUGGAACCAUGGCGCUUUGUCGUGCCCAUGCCAAUCGACAACAACGAAGCUGCCAAGGAUACUACCAACAUUAACAUGUCGCGUUUCCGAAACGACUAUAUCAUCUUUAAUUUUGGUGCAACUUGCAUGUCCAACUUUAUGGCUAAAAGACCCAAUGUCGAUGGCCAAGAGUUUGAAAUCGAGGUGCUCGAAUUAAACAUUUCAAAGAUGGUUGUAGAGACUCAAAAGUUAAAGGGUGAGCUUGGAUCGAGUAUGAGUACAAGUCUUGGAUCGAUUCUCAAUUCCGACUUUGACCCAGUUCGUGUUGUGCAUCCCACCCCCAUCAAUAUUGAUAUUGAACGAUGGUACGUUGCAGAGGGUAACCACGGUAUGGAAGAACAACGUCUUCUCGUCGACAUACCCUCUCUCGAGCUCACACUCAAUGAAGACAACUACCAGUUUAUCUACUCGGUGUUUACAAGCGACUGGUUGCACUUUGCCAUUGUUGCCAACCCUCCCCCACCCAUCGCACCACCCGUCCCCGUCUGGGAGGGUCAUUCCUUUGUCUACUCGCCUCCAUCGCACGAGGAACAAAUGAAAAUCGCCGAGAAGCAGAUAUCCUCUCCCGUCGGCUUCAUCAACGUUCCCCACCAACGAUGGAAGAUGUUCAUGUCGACCUUUACCCGUGUUGGAUCACUCUCUAUCCAAAUUUGUAAUACCGAUCCGAAUACAGACACCAUUGCUCUCCUUUCCAUGACACAAGUAUCAUUCAACUACUCGCAAUACCGAGACUUUAUUGUAAAGUUGGAAAUGGUUGCUAAAAAUGUACAACUUGUUGACGAACGUCAAAAUACAUCUUGUGUAUUCAAACAUAUUCUCACUAGAAAACAGUCAAGACAAGAUGAUCAAAGUUCAGAUGAAGAGGAGAGUGGAUCAUCCUCUCCGAAACCUGCAGCAGUUCCACGUGAUGCUCAUCUUGUUGCAGAUUGGAUUAUGGAUACUCAUCGAAACAGAGCAUUCACAUCGAUUCUUUCAAAUGGACCAAUGUUGUUUGUGUCUCCCAACUCGAUUUCUCCAAUUUUGGCAUUCUUUACAUUGAUCAAUCAAGGUGGAGCUGAUCCCGAUGCUCCAUCUGCCUCUACUGGUGGUAACGACACCACGAACAAUGGACAACGAUCAAGAGGAUCAAGUAUCCAUUCCUCUGAUGGAGGUGGUGUCAAUAUGGCAGCUUCGAUUGUUUCAACAGUCUCCAAUCAAAGUAGUGUGGUUGACAAGUUAAAGUAUGUUCAACCAAAACCACAAGCUCAACAACAACAACACCAAAGAUUCUAUCUCAAGGUGACAAAGCCAAAACUAUUGUUUGUCGAAGACGAAACACAACAAAAUACACGUGCGUUGGUUAUGAAGAUGCCAAUCGAAUUCCAUUAUUCGAAAACACCAGAACGAAACCAAACGAUGGAACUCAAGGCCCCAAGAUGUAAAUUGUUUAGAACCACACCGUUCUCUGACAAUGAAGGUACUUCGUCGACACCCAUCACCAACCACUUUGCAUUUGAUAUGAUCUACCUCUACUUUUAUGAAAAUGAUCAAACCACCAUCAAUGUCAAGUUUACACCACUCAACAUUUUUACCACCUACAAGGAAAUCAUAUUUAUCAAAAAGAUUCUCACCAAUCUCACCAUCAACUAUGAAGACAUUAACAAAAAGGAGAAAAAGGUCGAAGAAAAGAAUCAUGACAGCGACGACAAACUCGAAAUGGGCGAAAUUGAAAAGAUGUUAAAGGAUUUGGAAGAAAAGAAAAAACAACAAGCUUUGAUUGAUACAAAGGAAAAGGAAAAGAAACAAUCUCUUAGAGCUUCCAAAGAUAAGAACAAAAAAUUACAAGCUUCCAUUUUUAAUCCUUUGGAAGAUAACCAAAAGGAAGAUCAUGAUCGUCAACCAAAAAUUGAAGAAAUUCAAGAUGAUGAACAAGAUGAAGUGGAAGAAGAGGAAGAAGAACAAGUUAAUGAAAUUACAGAAGAAGAAAUGAGAAGAAAAGAAAAUGAAAAGAGAUUCAAGACACCUAUCAGACCAGAAGAUUCAUCUCAAUUAAUGCACAAGAAAAGAAUUCAUUUGGAUUUUAAUGGUCGUGUCAACUUUACAUUGUUGGAUGAACAUGUCAAUCUUCAAGACAUACCAUUCCUUCAAAUCACUUUGUGUGACCUGUAUGCCGAUUAUUGGGGAUGGAGUGAAUAUGCCUUUAUAUCGACGAGUGCCUUGUUCAAGGUUGAAAACUUUAACCAAAAGCAUAUGGCAUUUGACUCUGUUGUCGAACAGUUCCCAAUCAACAUUCAAAUCCUUCAAUCUGAAGAUCCCAAGCUAAAGGUAUCGAUCAAAACCGAGGAUAUUGUCAACAUCAACAUCUCUCAUCCAUUUAUCGCCUCGAUGGCCACCUUUUACCAAAACAUGCAAAAUGUCGAUGAGAAUGGAAACACUAUACAUCCACAAUCAAUGCUCAGUCCAAAUAACAGUUAUAUUGCCCUUACUGCGAUGGAACAAGGUACUUCCAACGGUGUGGGUACUGGUGGAACAUCUCAAUAUCUACAUCCCAAACAACACCACCGAAGACGUAGUAGUACAGGAACAGCCCUUUUCAACUCGUUGCAAAAUAGUACAAGUGGUGCAUCAUCGUCAUCACCUGGGUCUAGUCCCAACCAUGGCGACUUGUCGUCCUCUCCCAAAGACACUAUCCGUUGGAAGAGAGUCGAACCACAACUCAAUGCCUACUUUGAACGUCCGUCACUUUCAACGACGAUUAUCGCUAGCACCAAGAGAGACUCUAUGAAAUCAUCUGUUGUGCUCUCGCACUUUAACUCUCAUGGUGGUAGUCCGAUGGGUGGAAGCAGCGGCGGCGCUCCAAGCUCACCGAGAAAGAGUCUGCAUCAUCGUACGCUGUCUAGUUCAUUGAACAACCAGCAACUGUUUAGUACGGUUGGUCAACAUUUAUUCUGGGUUGUCAAUCUUACAGGCAAGGCCAUUCAAUACUAUGUCGAAGAACUACAGUUUAUUCCCAACAAGUUGACCAAUGAAAACGAGAAUUCAUCCAACGGAGCAAUGAGCAGCCGAAGAAAGAAACAAAUGGAAGAAGAGCAACAAGAGUUGCAAGAAGAAGCCAAGUCUAUAAAGACGAGAGAAAUCUAUCAGUUGUGUAACCGCGAAAAGAGACCACUCGAACUCAACUCUGCACUCUUCAAGACACGUGACUUUAAGGCACACGGAUCAUUGAAUGCUCACAUUGCUCUAAAGUUUACCGAUUCCGAGGAUGAUUGGAUUCACAACGUUUCAAUCAACCAAAUCGGUGAUGCCUUUUACUUUCCACCCUAUGGUAACAAGGCCAAUAUUAUUGUAUGCGAAGUUGGUUGGAACGAAAACAAUGAAACCAAGAUUGUCACACUCCGAUCACCAGUUAUUAUUCGUAACAAUACUACUGUACCAAUAGAUAUUUUGUUUACAAACAACAGUCUUAGCAACAAUGCUGUCGACAAUAACAACAACAACCUGUCGGAUUCACAUCAAGUGUUUGGACCGAUUGCACAAGACGACAACUUUUAUGUACCAGUCGACUUUUUCAACUAUAAUAGCUCGAUUAGUGUCCGUCCAUACGGAGACAACUACCUGUUUGACAAUACCAACACUCUGGAAUUGGUUGAUUCGUCGGCAUGGCCAGAAUCACAUAUUUUUGAGUCGACCAAGGAGGUUAUUUCACCUGCCUCUUCAUACUCUCACAUUAGCGAUGCUGCCAACAACCUUUCAUCGUUAUCAUCCUUUUCCACCACUGUCGUUCAUCAAAACUUGGCUACCCUCCUCCAAAGUGGUAUUAGAUGUGAACGUACCGGUCUCAUUUGCACGACCCUUGUUGUUACUCCACCUCUGAUCGUCGAAAAUGCUCUGUUUUGGGACAUGGAACUCAGAAUUACCAGUCACAAUGCAUUGAAAAAGAACAAAUCCGAUUUCCAAAACAUCGUAGAUGCAUUGUCACCAAUUCAUUUGCAAUCGGGUAAACAAUGUCCAUGGUAUUCACAGGUCAAGAAUGAUGUAGGCAUUUUAAUAUCGCUCAAGGGACUCGGAAGACAUCAAUACUUUCAUUUGCACUACCCGACACCCUAUGGAAUACUGGGUGAGAGCAGCGACAUGAAUGCAAGCUUUAGCAAGAUUAGCUUGGUCAACAACAACCCACUCGCCGACCACUCUCCAUUCACACAAGAGAUUCCAUUCCACUGCGACAAUGGAUACUUGCUCAUGCUAAAGAUUGACCACCGUCUCGAAGGUGGAUGUCACAUUGCCACUGUCUAUUGCACCAACGCUAUCACCAACCACACCAUGAUUCCAUUUAUCCUAAGACCCAUCAAACAAUCCACCACACUCACACUGGCAACCAACGAAGAACCCAUCUUGGUGAGUCAAGACAGAUUUAAAUUGUCUCAUCCAUCGUUCCCCGAUAUCACAUCCAAAGAGUUUGAUAUUAUUCUCGGCAAGGAAGACAUUAUUGAAAUACAACUUGAAGACCGUGAUACUAUGAAAUACCAGUUCAAGACAAUGGUAACAACUGGUACCAACGCAUUCUUUAGAACGAGAAAGGUAGAUGUCUACUCGAGAUUCCUUUUCGUCAACAAACUACCCAUUCCUCUCUUCUACACCCAACACUCGAAGGAUAUUAUCAAAAUGGCUAGAGAAAGUCUAGAAUUGAAACCAGAGGAUCAGAUACCAUUCCAUUGGUUCGACGGCAAGGAAGAACAACAAAUCGCCAUCACUGUACACCCAUCUUCAGAUUGGACAUGGUCUGGUGGAUUGAGAAUCGAUAAUGUUGGUGUUCACUAUCUCAAACUUUGUAGCACUGUAGACCAUGAAUUGGAACAAGUGGUUCGUGUCGAUGUUAUUGAUACCAAUGAAUCGACCAUGGUUAUGUUUUAUGCGAUCGAUCCACUCUCAUUGCCAUACCACAUUCGCAACGAGACUGACCUCGUCAUCUCUGUCGUUCAAAAGAAUCAAGGAUCUAAAAAGUAUACCCUCUUGCCAGGCGGAGACAUCUACUACACUUGGGAUCAUCCAUGUGGAGAACUUUUGCUCAAUGUUCAAGUCGAAGGAGUUCAAUGCGACAUUAAUCUCAACAAGAUCAAGCAAUUCAAACCCAUCAAACCACCAACUCAUCCUCCCAUCUAUCCAGUCUGUCAAGCUGUCAAUGGUAAAACCCGUCAACUUGUAUUCUCUCCCAACUCUGGUGAAGCCAAGAUAUUGGAUAUGAUUGACUUUGCCUUUGAUAUUACCUUUGAAAAAUUGGGAAUAUCAAUCAUCAACGAUGUACCAGAGGAACUCAUCUAUAUUCAUCUCAGGGAUUUCUCGUAUUGGUACAGUACCUCAAAUAUUACCCAUACAACUUGGCUCAUCAUUCAAGAUGUUCAAAUCGAUAAUCAACAUCCAGAUACUGAAUAUCCUGUCCUCUUGUGGUGUGAUAAAAAAUUGGACAGAAAAGCUUUACCAUUUAUUGAAUUCUCUGCUAUUAAAUUAAUUAAAGAAAACUUUGAAUAUUAUGAUUUGAUAGCAUUAUACUUGAAUGAACUUUAUGUUCAAUUGGAUGAUAUUACUUUAAUUAAUUUACAUUCAUUCUAUUCUAAAUUACCUUUGGAUAAAUUCUCAUCAUCUCCAAAUAAUUUAAAUACUAGUAAUAAUCAAAGUCAAUCAAAUUUGAAUAUGUUUUAUGUUAAAUGGUUAAUUAUUGCCGAAAUCAAAUUAUAUUUAACAUUUAGUAUUUCAAGAGAUGGUAUUUUAAGUAAUUACAAUAAAUUACCAGCAUUAAGAUUAUUAGUACCAUCAUUAGGUAAAUCGUUAGGACAAUUGGAAAAUGCACCACUGACAAUCAGCCAAUUGGGUGUUAGAAAUGUAUUCAUUAGCAAGAAACGUUUACAAGAAGAUUUGACAACACAUUACCACAAACAAAUGAAACGUCAAGUCCAUAUUAUUUUGGGUUCAUCCAAUAUCUUUGGUAGUCCUGUUGUACUGUUCAACACCAUUUCAACCGGUAUGAACGAAGCAAUCGAAGAACCAAUCCGUGGCUCUAUCCUUUUGAUGAAGAGUAUUUUGUACGCUGCAGCCAACAGUUCGGCCAAACUCUUUGGUACCAUUUCCAAUGGUUUUGCUGUAUGGUCGAUGGAUGAGAGAUAUCUACGUCGUAGAGACACUGAAGAAAAGGUCAAGGCCAAACACAUUGGUCAAGGUAUCUUCCUCGGUACCAAGGGUCUUGCUCUUGGUAUAUUCGAUGGUGUCACUGGUAUUGUCGUCCAACCGGUCCGCGGUGCCAUGCAAGAAGGUAUCUUUGGGUUCCUCAAAGGUCUUGGAAAGGGUGUGGCUGGUAUUGCUGUCAAGCCAGUUACCGGUGUCUUUGACUUUGCCUCACGUACCUCUGAAGGUAUCCGUAACAAUACCAACAUCCACCCCGAACGCUCGAGAAUAAGAGUGCCGCGUUACAUUAACCCAAGAGAGCCACUCAAAGAAUACAGCCACGAUGAAAGUGAAGGAAACUUUUUGCUCCGUCAAAAUGGCAAGCCAAUCACUCAACGCCAAGGCUUGAAAAGACUCGAAUACAAGUUCCACAUGGUACUCCCCGAUUGCACUAUUCUCUUGACUAGUGUCUCUCUGGUCUGCCUGUCACGAAAAGGAACAUACCGCUGGUCUUUCCCACUCACUGAAAUCUCCCGUCUCGGUCAUCCAAAGCCCGAAAAGAAUCAUAUCAACAUCCAUCUCAAACGUUCACUCAAGUUUGGCAAAUUUGGCCAAACAAAAAAGAAAAUUACCAUUCACUGCGACAAAGAGUUGGUACUCAUUCAACUAGAUACCAAGAUUAGAUCAUGUCUCUUUGAAUCUUAUAAAUUCGAUGCCAACAAUGAUAAUGAAGAAACUCAAGAUAAAAAUAUGAUCGUUUUGCAAUCCUCCUCAAAUAAUAAUAAUAAUAACAAUAAUAGUAAAUAA